AUGGAUCGCCCGGAGAUGUGUUCGAUUUCGUUAGAAUCAACCUGGUCUUAUUGGAUCAAAAUUCAGCAGAUUGGCUUUGAUACUAGUGUGGCCUUUGAAGACAGCACCAUUCAUUUCCUGAUUCGAAUUUAUAGCACCGAUGAAAAAAGAUAUUUUGCCGCUUUCGAAGAGCCGAAACUUCUUACUGGUGAUAUAUAUCAUCAAAUUCGCCAAAACGAUUCGACACAAAAGUUGAAAUUUUAUGAUAUUACUGCUGCAUAA